UAUCCAGAGCCCACGAACCGGCCCAUAUUCCUUUCCUUUCCCCGCCCCGGCCGCCGCUUGCAAGGUCGCCGCCGACGACGCGCGGAGAGGAGAGGAGAGGAGAGAGGAAGAGAAAAUCUUCCGAUUCCGGCGAGGAGGGGAUGGGGUCGGCGCUGCUGCCGACGCUGCGGCGGAAGCCGGAGGUGGACGCCGCCAUCCGCGACACGCUCGACAAGGUCCUCGUCCUCCGCUUCGGCCGCGCCGACGACGCCGCCUGCCUCCACCUCGACGACAUCCUCGCUAAAUCUUCUUGGGACAUAUCAAGGUUUGCGACGGUAGCAUUGGUCGAUAUGGAUUCUGAGGAGAUGCAAGUCUACAUUGACUAUUUCGAUAUCACUUUGGUUCCAGCUACCAUUUUUUUCUUCAAUGCCCAACACAUGAAGAUGGACUCAGGGACACCUGAUCACACAAAAUGGAUUGGCUCUUUCAGCAGCAAGCAAGAUUUCAUUGAUGUAGUUGAGGCAAUAUUUAGGGGUGCGAUGAAAGGUAAACUGAUUGUUUCUUGCCCACUUCCACCAGAGAGGAUACCCAAAUUCCAGCUCCUUUUCAAGGAUGUUUGAGCAAGGAAAGUGCUCAUCACAUGCGCAUGCUAAAAGAGUGUCUUGGUCAUGAUGACAGAACUAUAUGAAGCUAUGUUCAGGCAGAAGAGUUUGUGAAGAUCUCGUCUCUCCAAUUGGUUUGUCUCGACUACUUUCAUUUAUGUAGUAGUAUAUCACAUGCUGUGUUGAUAUGUACCAGGCAUGGUAGCUUUUGUUCUGUACUUCUAUAGGAGGCAAACUGAAUCGAUCAAGAAAAGUGCAUAUCUGACAUGGUGCCGCAUAGUAAGCUUUUAGUAAUUAACACAAGUUAGAAUGACACUUUGCAUGUAGUUUGCAUUGCACUCUAAAUACAGAGAAGGGUAUAAAAUAUUAUUGCUCGUUAAUUGUGAGGUGGUAAAUCAAUAAUCCAUUUUACA